AUGACAUCUGCUGGAGAGAAGCAACAUUAUUCUCUGGUUCUUCUGGAACGUCUCUUUGAUCACUUGCCAUCUACUGCUCGAGUUGGAGUACUUUAUGAUAUUGGAUGCCAGUUGCAUCGAAGUUCCCUUAAAUGGGGCUUUUUAAAGGACUUUCAUGAUCGGUUAAUCUGGGCUAUAUCUGUUUUCCAUGCAUAUGGUCACCAAUGGGCUUGUCAACUGAUUUAUCAUCCAAGAAAGUGUAAAGGUUUUGGCCUUACUGAUGGUGAAGGCUGUGAGAGAUUUUGGAGCUCAAUCAAACUUCUGAUCCCCUCUCUGAGAGUCAGUGGAUAUUAUACACGCCUGUAUACAAUUGACACUCAGGUUAAGCAUUUGGAUCAGAAGUCUCUUCUAGGCAUGGGUGAAUGGCUUAGAAAAAAGUGGAAUGCUGCUGUUGCUUGUAAAAAUGAAGCUGCUGCUAUUUUGGCUAAGCUGGAAGAAUUUGAUAUAAGUGAGGAUCUUUUGAGAGAAGAAUGGGCAGCACAAGUUGUUCAACAAACCAAGCCAAGUCCAAGGCAGUCAAAGAAUUUGGCAAAUAAGCUAAUUCAAGAAAUUUUAGAGUUGAAGGAUGAGAUGAGUGGAGUCAAAGCAGAGCUUUAUAAACUUGAAACAAUGGUUCACACUGGCAAAUAUGAUGAUGGCUGGGAGAUUGCAGAUGUUAGACUAUCUAUCAAUGAACUAAAAGAGAAGUUCACCAAGAUUGAAAAGUCAAUAAACACCAAGCGCAAUACUCUGGGAGCUGAUGGGCGAUUAAAUCUUGAGCGCCUGCUUGGAAAUAAAUUUCUUCCUCUGCGUGUAAAUGCCUUGGCUUUAAAACAGCAUCUGAGAAAUCGCUUGCAGCAGCGAAAAUUUGAGUUGGACAGCUUAGAGAGAGCAUACCGCAAAACUACAACCAAUAUGCUUUGCAUGGCAUGUAUGAGUCCUUUCUGUGGACUCUAA